AAUACAUGCUCUGUUUCUGUUUGUUUUGUUUUGGGUCUGGACUCUUAGCAUCUCUUCUGCCUGUGAGCGAUUUGUCACCUCAUUCCGUAAGACUGGCACCUGCCGAGAUGCAGACUCCUAGGACACCGGGGAAGCGAGGCCGCCCCCCCCUGCACGCCACGCCCGGGAAGAUGGCCGUUCAUAACCUGUAUGCUGCUCCGGCCACUCCUUUACCAACCCUGAAGAUGCCAAAGAAAAGAGGGCGGAAACCUGGGUACAAGCUCAAGCCUCCGGUUCUCAUGACUCCGUUAGCCCUGUCGCCUCCGAGGAGCACCCCUGAGCCGGACCUGAGCUCCAUCCCGCAGGACGCAGCCACCAUUCCCAGCCUGGCAGCCCCGCAGGCUCUCACAGUCUGCCUCUACAUCAACAAGCAGGCCAACACGGGGCCGUACCUGGAGAGAAGGAAGCUGCAGCAGCUCCCAGAGCGCUUCGGACCCGAGAGGCCGGCGGCCGUCCUGCAGCAGGCCGUCCAGGCGUGCAUCGACUGCGCCCACCAGCAGAAGCUGGUCUUCUCCCUCAUCAAGCAGGGCUGCAGCGGCGAGCUGGUGGCGGUGUCUGCAUCCUUUGACGGCAAGCAGCACGUGAGGCGGGUGCCGGUGGUGAACAGCAUUGGCUACGCCCUCCGCUUCCUGGCCAAGCUGUGCCGCAGCCUUCUGUGCGACAGCCUCUUCAGCCACCAGCCCUUCCCUGGCUGUCCCACGGCGGAGAAGGCCCAAGACAAAGAGGAGGACGCGAGAACAGACUCGGGUAGGAUUGCUACCAGCGAGGAGCGCCUGGCGAGCCCCGCGGGCAUGAACCCCUGCAGCGUGGACACCGCCUCGGCCGCCUUCGCCCACCGGGGCUCCCUGCCCUCCUCCUCCCUCUACUGCAAGAGGCUGCCCGCUGCCGACGCCCACCUCGGGGGAGGCCCCCGGGCCAGCCCCGCGCCCUCGGGGGCUGCGUGCACCCUGAGGCCCCUGGCCUCCAGCCCCAAGCGGACCGGGACCCCUGUGGAAGGAAACAGAUGUGCCGCCAAGCCUUCUGCAGACGGACGCGAUGCCAGGAGACCGAGGAGCAGAAACCCCGCCACCUGGACAGUGGAGGACGUGGUGUGGUUCGUGAAGGACGCUGACCCGCAGGCCCUGGGGCCUCACGUGGAGCUCUUCCGAAAGCACGAGAUCGACGGCAAUGCUCUGUUGUUGCUGAAGAGUGACAUGAUGAUGAAGUACCUGGGUCUGAAGCUGGGACCCGCGCUGAAACUCUGCUACCACAUCGACAAACUGAAGCAAGCCAAGUUCUAACAAGUUCUUCAAAAGCUGGACGCAAAGUGCAGCACCUCACAGCUCCACUUUGUCUUCUGCCUUACCAAUGUCCAGCUGGCAACAUGAAAUAGAUUCCCCUCCUCAAAAUAAGUGGGUCUUUAAAAAUAUAUAUAAUAUCCAUCUUUGCCUUUAAAACAAAAUCAAUAUGGCCCUUUUUGAAAGAAGUGUCUGUGUUAAUUACUUACCAAAAAAAAAUUACAAGAUUGUUAUUUUUUAACAUUCUUGGUACCUUGGUUGCUGUUGGCAUGGGUGCUAUUCAUAUACUGAGAGAGUGGGGAAAUGAAUGAGGUCACCUACGCCUACCACCCACUUCUACUCUCACCUGGAACCUAUUUGCUCGAGCCUGGUCAGAUUCCACUGGAAGCUGUCUUUUCGAGAUGACGGCCUCACUUUGCACUGUCUGGAAAACUUGAAUUCUUUUUGCUCUCCGGGAGCUUUUCUAUUCCUACCUGAAGUUCUGUGUUUCCCCACUAGGGGGCAGACUGCUAAUGAAAUUUCAGGUACCACUGAAGUCAAGUGACCGUUCAUUCAGAAUGCAGAGGUGUUCUGUGCAAGCCCUAGCCUAUAUAGAAAUAGAGGAUGUAUUCCACAGCCGGCACCACAGAUUGCAACUUGGGAAGAACUAAUCAUCUAGAGAGUUCUAGUGCAUAUCCAGUGUACUGACUGUUACCCAAGCAGCAAAGACAAGAAUUUGGAAGCGCACUGGGACCAGAUGGGGCUUUGGAGUCCCUUCCCACUGAAGUCCUUACCCAAGCAUUGAUGUGUUGGCAUGCAGAAGAAUCUUAGUGACAUUUUCCGGGGGGGAAAAAAGAAAAGAAAGAUGUCUCAACGGAGCAUUGCAAUGGGAGAGUGUUGAUUUCUCGUUACAUGGCUGCGUUCUGUAGUUGUAUCUGUGGCUAAUUUUUCUAGUCCUCAACAAAUACACAGACAUGCUAUUACUGGGUUUAAUUUAAUUUACAAAUGGGUUCUCCUUCCUCGCCGUGGAGUAAUAGAAAAAAAUUGAUUUUUCUUCUGCUUUGCAGCUGUGUCCAGGGAAGAACGAUGAAUCCACUUGCCAGGCUGGGGGGGGGGGGGGGGUUAAGCCUUGCUCCACGU